CAAUACUGCGUCAGAAUGGAGUUUGUAACCGAAGUGUCCGAGUUUGUGCGAUUGAAGGAGGAGCCCGCUGAGCCAGAAGCGGAGCCCGAGCGGCGGCCGCCCGGCGCGGCGCGAGUGAACAUUAAAGAAGAACCGCAAAAUGAACACCAGUCAGACAGCGGGGAGAAGGUAGAUUGUUUGCAGAGCACAACAAGUGAAUAUGAAAUAAAGGAAGAUCUCUCAUGCUUUGAAAGUAUUGUGAGCGAUGUGAUACAUGACUUGUGUGACGGUAGAGUGAAGGACGGGGUUAUGCAGCCGGAGUCCAUGCCACAGAUCCCACAGACAGCCUCCUGCUCGGACAUGGAGUGUGUGAGCGAAGCAGCCAUGCUGGCCGGCCUGUACACGGACCAUGAUGUUAAAGAUGAGCUUGUGCUGGGUGCGGAGUGCCCAUAUCGGCCUGAUGUCACUCUAGUAGUUCAUGGUCGCGUUGGCUGUGUGCUUCGAGAUUGCUCUGUGACACUUGACCGCCUCCCACAUGUUGAGGCACUCAUCAAGCGAAAAGAAACAACUCAGACUGACACGGAAUCUGAUAUUGAUGAAUUUUCAUUUAGAAAUGAAUUUUACUCAAAAGAGAAAGAACCACUGUGUGAUCUCUGUGGUGAAAGAUUCAGUGUAAAGUCGGAUUUAGUGAAACAUGUCAUAGAUCAUAUACACAGACCGAGCGCGGAGCAGGAAGGCGGAGGGCAAGUCAUUGCAUUUGCUGGUCAGUGCCAGCAAGAGCAGGAGCGGGCUUUGUGCCGAAAAUACGCGAUCCAGGACUGCCGCGUGCGCCUCGAACGGCUCCGACACCAAGAGGCUCUUGCCGCCAACGACACGCAACACACGGAUACGGAAAUUGAUGCGGAGGAUAUACACACUAGAGUUGACUUUGAGACACCGACUUGUGAUCUUUGUGGAGAUAGUUUUGCUCUGAGAUCAGAUUUGGAUCAACAUAUCAUGACUCAUAUCCAUAUGCCGACCGCACAGCGUUCACAAGACCCGAGUCCAGAGAAGGAAUCGGACACUGAAGAGAAAAACAUCGACAUUGACUGUGAGAACGAACCUACUUGUGAAUUUUGUGGCGAAAAAUUUGCUCUAGACUCAGACUUGAUGAAACAUAUUAUGAAACAUAGAGAUGUAGAUCGCACUAAACAAUCGUAUGAAAAGUCAGGAGUUCAUGUGUAUGAGUGUGACAUUUGCGGUGAAAUAUUUCAGCAAAAAAAUACUUUAAAGAUUCAUAUCAAAACACACUCAACACAGCCAAAGUCUAAGGACUAUAAAUGUGAUAACGUAGGAGAAAAAUCUAACAUUUUUAAUCGACAUACACAGAUUCAUAAACAUACACAGUCAUAUUAUUGUAAUUUAUGUAAAAAACGAUUUAGUACUGAGGCUUAUUUAAAACAACAUAUUAUGUUUCAUAGUGAUAUAAGACCAUAUUCGUGUGACAUAUGUAAAAAAGAUUUUUUGACUGUCAAUUCUUUAAAAAAACACACACUGCGUCAUAAUCGCGUAAGUCCACAUUCAUCACAUUCAUGUGACAUAUGUAAAGAAGGGUUUUUAACUUGCGUCAAACAACAUACACCGUUGCCUAUUGACGUAGGACCAUAUUUGUGUGACAUAUGCGGAAAAAAAAUUAUGUCUAAGAGGAAUUUAGAAAAACAUAUAGAGAAUCAUAGUGGCAUAAAAAAAUACUCAUGUGACACAUGUAAGAAACUAUUUAGGACUGUGAAUAAUUUAAAGAUUCAUACACAGAUUCAUAGCGGUACAAAGCCAUAUUCGUGUGAUGUGUGUAAAAAACGAUUUAGAAAUAAAGCUUAUAUAAAAGAACAUAUGCAGCGUCAUACUAAUAUCAAACAAUAUUCGUGUGAUCUGUGUGAAAAAGAAUUUGUAACUAUGGGUGAUUUAAAACAACAUAGAGUUUAUCAUACUGACAUACGACCAUAUUCGUGUGAUGUAUGUAAAAAAGGAUUUUUAUUCAAAUCCGAUUUAAAACGACAUACAGUUAUUCAUACUACCAAAAAACCAUAUUCGUGUGACGUAUGUAAAAAAGGAUUUUUAUUUAUGCCUGAUUUAAACCGACAUAUACUUAUACAUACUGACGCAAUGCCAUAUUCGUGUGUGGUAUGUAAAAAACGAUUCAAAAGUGAGGCUUGGUUAAAAAGUCACACACGAAUUCAUAACAACAUAUGUAUGAUAUGCAACAAACAGUUCGCGUAUCGAUUAGACUUGAAGGCACAUGAAUUUAGCUUUCAUAUUAAAAAAAACGUUUCAUUGAUAUAAUUUAGGUACAGCGGGACAAAUCUCGACUGGGGGGGCAAAUGUAACUGGUCCAUUUUUUCCAUGUUUUACAAUAUUUGCAUUAUUAAAUAGAGUGUCCACCGGUUAUAUAUGGUAGGCGUGUUCAGUAGAUAUAUGUAGAACUCAACAUCAUAGUGUAAUAAUGGAAAAAAUAGAUCAGUGACAAUUGUCCCCCUGUCGAGAUUUGCCUAGCUGUACCUUAGCUAUUUUAGUGUCGGAAUCUGGAUCUAAAUUUAGUUCUGUGUAUGUCAAUACAUCAAAAUAACACAGCUCUUCUUGGCAGUAACAUACAUAUACGUGAUAUGUAUAGCCCCUAUCUAUAAUAUGCACGGUGCGGUGCUCGCGUGAUCGUUGCGAGAAAUUUUGACCGCGCAUUUCUGAGGCCAAAAGAAAAAAAAAUACAGAUGACAUUAUGCCAAAAAAAAAUUGUGGGGUGGAAGUUUGAAUGGAGCAUUCAAUUUAACGCGAGCGAAACCGCGGGCACAAUCAAGUAUAUCCCUUAAAUGCAUGACCUUGACAAAGAUUUAUUCAAAUUUGAAUUUUGACAUGCUGUCAUUAAAGUCAAAAAUAGAUGAUGCGUAUAUACAUCACUAUGCAUUUAAGGGAUAUUCUACAUAUUAUUUUCUAUAUGUUUAAGUAUUGUGUUAGAGUUGGAUCUGUAUGAAAACCAUGUGGAAGCAAUAAACCGUUAUUAUUUA